GCUGAAUUCUCCUCUAAUUUGGUGAAGCUCCGACUCUUUCUAUACGAAAAAUCUCUCUCCAAUCCCACGGGAAACUGCAAAUUUCCCAAAAUCUCCCUUUCUCUCUUUAAUUCCGUUCUCGCAGUAAGUACGCAGGACUAUCAUAUCUCCUAUGGCGCACGACGAGCUUCCGAUCCCCAUAUUCUCCUCCUUCGAGCCUGUCUAUGGCGAAGGAUCGCAGCUAGACGAAGCUCAGAUCCGAUUUGACAGACUGAAAUCGAAGUUCGUCGAGGUGUUCGGCCACCAGCCGGAUCUCUUCGCUCGAUCUCCAGGUCGAGUGAAUUUGAUCGGGGAGCACAUCGAUUAUGAGGGCUAUUCCGUUCUGCCGAUGGCCAUACGGCAGGAUACGAUCGUGGCCAUCCGUAAACACGAUGCUGGAGAGAGUCCGAAGCACCUUCGGAUUGCAAACGUCAACGAGAAGUAUACCAUGUGCACUUACGAAGCCGAUCCGAGCCAGGAGAUUGAUUUGAAGAAUCACAAAUGGGGCCAUUAUUUUAUUUGCGGGUACAAAGGAUUUUAUGAAUUUCUUAAAUCAAAAGGAUUUGAUAUCGGUGAACCUGUUGGGCUUGAUGUCAUGAUUGAUGGAACUGUUCCUACAGGGUCUGGAUUGUCCAGCUCAGCAGCAUUUGUCUGCUCAUCUACCAUCGCUAUAAUGGCUGUGUUUGAGAAAAACUUCCCAAAGAAAGAAAUUGCCCAAGUUGCAUGUGAUUGUGAGCAGCACAUUGGGACACAGUCGGGUGGAAUGGAUCAGGCAAUCUCUGUCAUGGCCAAGUCUGGUUUUGCUGAGUUGAUUGAUUUCAAUCCUAUUCGUGCAACUGAUGUGAAAUUACCUCCUGGUGGAUCUUUUGUGAUUGCUCAUUCUUUGGCAGAAUCUCAGAAAGCAGUAACUGCUGCAACAAAUUACAACAACCGGGUUGUAGAAUGUCGGCUCUCAGCUAUUGUCCUUGGUAUAAAGUUAGGGAUGAAACCAAAAGAUGCAAUCUCCAAAGUGAAAACUCUCUCUGAUGUUGAGGGUUUGUGCGUAUCUUUUGCUAAUAGCCGUGAUUCUUCUGAUCCUGUGCUCGCUGUUAAGGAAUUUCUGAAUGAGGAACCUUAUAAAGCUGAAGAUAUUGAGAAAAUUACAGAGGAAAGUCUCACAUCGAUCUUGGGUAAUUCACCAACUUCGUUAGCUGUACUUAGAGCUGCGAAGCAUUUUAAGCUAUUUCAGCGAGCCUCCCAUGUAUACUCAGAAGCUAAGCGUGUUCACGCUUUUAAAGAUACCGUGCAAUCAAAACUCAGUGAUGAGGACAUGCUAAAGAAGCUUGGUGAUCUGAUGAACGAUAGUCAUUACAGUUGCAGUGUUUUGUAUGAGUGCAGCUGUCCAGAGUUGGAAGAAUUGGUAAAAAUAUGUCGUGACAAGGGAGCUCUUGGAGCAAGGCUUACAGGAGCUGGAUGGGGUGGCUGUGCAGUUGCAUUGGUGAAGGAGAGUAUUGUCCCACAGUUCAUACUUAAUUUAAAGGAGUCUUUCUACCACUCUAGAAUUGAUAAGGGUGUGAUCGACAACAACGAUCUGGGCCUGUAUGUUUUUGCAUCCAAGCCGUCGAGUGGGGCCGCAAUAUUUAAGUUUUAAGCUCCAGUUGUGCCGUUGAUCUUCUUUUAAUCCAUGGUGGGUAAAUGUCACUAUCAAUGUCGGAUGACCAUGCAAUUUAACGGAAUAAAUGCCUUUUUUUCUUUUUUCAAGAAAAGAUUCGAAGCGUCUA